AUGGCGAGUGUCAUAGAGGUGGACUUUGUGCUCGUGCGCGGGCCUUUGUCGCUGGACCAGCGCAUGCGCGUCACACUUCCGAGUAACGGCACACCCGUGACGGUGGGUCGCGCCCCGCACUGCGCGGUGCUACUUGAUCCGUCUCUGCUCUUCUCCUCCCAGGUGCAGUGCAGCCUCUUCGCCAUGCAGUUGAAGAGCGUGGCCACAGCACCGUCAACGUCAACCACAACCACUGCCACCGACGCCCCGAUGACGGCCGACGCCAGCUCCACGCCUAACCAUGCCUGUGCUGGUGGCACAGCACCGUACUGCGAGGACACACCCAUCGACGCAGCCGACACGUUAAGCACCCCGCUCCAUCAGGCUACCCUCCGUGAUGGCGAGCACGCCGGCCGCACCCCUCGAGUGUACAUAACGGACAUGUGCAGCUCGAACGGGACCUUCGUGAACGGCAUUCGCAUUGGCGGCACCGACCCGACCGAGCUGAAUCACGGCGACGUGUGCAUCUUUGGUGGCAUGCGUGACGUGGAGGUGGGCGAGGCUCUUCCGCCAGACGCCUACGACGGCCCUGAGCUAGUGCAGUGGCGCGUGGACUUGCGCCUGUCGGCGGAGCGGCCGCUGGAGACGUUCGAAUACACAUCCACACCGCUGGUACUGCCGGCGAGGGGUGUGCUAGAGGUGGAGGAGCGUGCGCUGUUGGACACGGCCCAGCGCUCACUUGCGAAGCCGAUGCGGCCGUCAAUGCUCACGCCAGCCUCGGCGACGCCAGCGGCUGCUACCGUGGCGGUGGUGGCAGCCCAGCGUUCCCUUGACCUAGCGGUGGAGGACUCAGCUGGUCAUUUCUUGACUGCCUUCGACGCCCGAUGCGACACGUCCCCUCGCGGCGUACCGCAGCAGCUAUUCACCUCGCCGAUCUCCCAUGAAAAGGACGCGACGCGAGAGGCGACGGUGGAAGAAGUGGAGGAGGCGCAGCAGCCUUGUAGCAGCGGUCGGCGCAGCGUGUCCCUAGUCGCUUCGCAGGACGCACAGGUGACUUCCAUGGAGGCGGCAGAGGAGACGAACGGUGUGGAAGACACAGCCGACGGUGCUCGCACGCCUUUGGUUGAUCCCGUCGCCAUAGCUGUCCCUGCUGAUCCACCCGCUGCACUCGUGUACGACGCAGUGCGGCUUGGCAACGUCAGCUACGACGCACGUGGGGUGGCGAGGGAGGAGCGCGACCUGGAGGCGGACGCGAAUGCUGACGUCGACGGGGACGUUGAGUCGGCCACACCGAGCGCCAAGCGACGCCGCCGCGACUCGCCGGCAUCGGCAACUCCGCAGAAGGAAAAGCGGGUACGCCACGAGGAUGCCGCUGUCGUCGUGCCGACCCAGCUCACGUUCACGCUGAUGCACAUUAGGUGGACGAUGCCGAACCCCAACGAGAUGUGGUCGCGUCUUCAGCAGUCACCGUCGGACAAGGCCGCCGCUCCUGCUGCUGCACCCCACGACAGCGGUGCGAGUGGCAGAGCGACGAGGCCUUUCUAUGUCAUGCUUCCUGUGACGUCUCUGGCAACGGUCGUUGUCUGCCCGGAGCGACUGGGCAUCGCUGUAGAGCUGAAGGACGGGUGCCAGCUGCCCCUUGUGGACGCCGCGGUGCUGAGCGGAACGGCGGAGAGCCGGUGGGUGGUGUGGGAGUUGUCGCAGCGGAUAGAAGCUGCGCCGGCUCCCGCCAAUGAAGCCCAAAGCAGCGGUCGCGGCCGCUCUAAAGUGGCAAAGGGCAACGCACGCAAGGCCUGCAGGAGGAUGGAGAAGACUACCUCUGUAGCAGCGCAGCCGACCCAUACUGCGGCUGUUGAUGUGGUAGAGAAGUCGCCGCUAACGCCCGCCGCGCGCUUCGAGGCGUGGCUCAUGCACUUUAAGCUGUACUACGCAGCGCAGAAGGUGCCAGCGCCGGUUGCUGUGGAUAGCGCUGCCUUCGACGUGAUCUUAUCCCCUUCUCUUGGUGGACCCGCCAGCGUCGUCUCCGCUUCAGCAGCAGCAACGAGAUAG